CAUUUCCAUGACGAGCUACUAUCCCGACUUUUAAAGUUUACAUUUACAAAGGUGCUUUUUAAAUUAAUCAUGAGUAUAUUUCGUCCCAUUUUAAUUCAAAUAAGCCUGACAAUUUCAUAUUUUUAAUAUUCUUCGACACUUUCUUUUUAUCCUCUUUAAACGUAUUUUCCAUACACCUGCUGCCAUCAUUAUAUGGCAACGUCGUGAGCUUUUGAUUACAUCGUCAAAGUGGUUAGCAGAAAGGCGUCCACAUCGGACAUUUAUGAAAGUUUCUGUCGUAUGUUCACAACUAGUGUUAGAUAAUCAUCCCCUACUAGGGGGGCGUGGUUGGCAGCGGGCGUGUUCUUUGACAGUUCGUGCCGGACUUCCAGCUGCAGGCUAGCUGCGGUUAGCAUCCGGUUAGCUUCGCCGCACAGCUGGGCUCAUCUGGACGGGGAAGGUUAGGGCGUUUUGCUCCGAGGAGCUGCAUGGAUGAGCUGGUGAGAAGUUUGCCCUCCCCGAAUCUCCCGGGGAUGCAGCUGCCGCGUCUGGACACGCACAAGGGCUGGCUGUUUAAAUGGACCAACUACUUGAAGGGAUACCAGAGGCGAUGGUUCGUCCUCAGCAACGGCCUGCUCUCCUAUUACAGAACCCAGGCAGAGAUGGGCCACACCUGCAGAGGAACCAUUCCCCUGGCGGCUGCUCAAAUCGAGCUGGGCGACGCGUGCCACUUGCUGAUAACCAACGGAGGGCGAAGCUAUCACCUGAAGGCCACCUCUGAAGCAGAGUGUCAGCACUGGUUAUCCACCCUGCAGCAGGCCAAAAUCAACGCCAACGCUCUCAUACAUCACUCUGAUGACUCAGGAGAUGAAGAAAGUCCUGGCCCGCAUGACGCUCGAGUCCUAAACCAAGGCGCGUUGAAGACAUUGGCCAGUAAGCUGGAUGAUCUAAGCACCUGUAAUGAGCUGAUCGGAAAGCAUGGCGCCGCCCUUCAGCGUUCCCUCGGCGAAUUUGAGGAUCCCCGCGGGUGCGUCAACGGCGCAGACAAACUGAAGACGGUUAACGAGCGAGCCGCCCUCUUCCGCAUCACCUCCAAUGCUAUGAUCAAUGCUUGUCGUGACUUUGUGGAUGUAGCGCAGUCUCAAAAUAGGAGGUGGCAGAAAACCCUCCAGCAUGAGCAGGAGCAGCGUCACUAUCUGGAGACCACCAUUGAGCAGCUAGCCAAACAGCACAACAGCCUGGAGACGGCCUGGAGGGAGAAGCCCACCUCGUACACAGGUGUGCAGAGAUCUUGCGAGGUGGACGGGAGUGACGAGAAUGAUGAAUUCUUCGACGCCAUGGAGGACGCGCCUUCAUUCAUAACGGUGAACGCGGAAACCAAACACAGGCGCUCAGGGAGUAGUCAGAGUAUGUUGAGUGGUGGAGUCCCCAGUGACUGGACCUUAAAUGAGAAUGACACCUCAGACUCGAACCACAUGCAGCUACGCAGAACAAGACGCAGCCGUAUUCCAGACAAACCAAAUUACUCCCUCAACCUGUGGAGCAUCAUGAAAAAUUGUAUCGGCAAAGACUUAUCAAAGAUACCCAUGCCUGUCAACUUCAACGAGCCGCUCUCGAUGCUGCAGCGUCUGACCGAGGAUGUGGAGUACAGCGAGCUCCUGGACCGGGCGGCUCGCUGCGGCGACUCCUUGGAGCAGAUGUGCCUGGUGGCUGCCUUCUCCGUCUCCUCCUACUCCACCACCACCUAUCGCACAUCCAAACCCUUUAACCCUCUACUUGGGGAGACCUACGAGCUUGACCGGCUGCAGGAAUACGGCUACCGCUCCAUCUGUGAGCAGGUGAGUCAUCACCCACCAGCUGCUGCCCACCACGUGACCUCACAGCGAGGAUGGACCCUAUGGCAACACAUCACGAUUGACAGCAAGUUCCGUGGGAAGUACAUCUCUGUCGUGCCACUCGGGAAGAUUCACUUGCAGUUCCACUCAAGCGGGAACCACUACGUGUGGAGCAAAGUGACCUCAACAGUUCACAAUAUCAUUGUGGGGAAACUCUGGAUUGAUCAGUCAGGUGAGAUUGACGUUGUAAACAUCACCACCAAGGAUACCUGCCAUCUCAAGUUCUCGCCCUACAGCUACUUCUCCAGAGACGUCCCCCGUAAAGUGACGGGCAUGGUGGAGGACUGUGAGGGCACAGCGCAUUACAUCCUAUCAGGAACGUGGGAUGAAAAGAUGGAAAGUGCCAAAAUAGUGGAUAGCAGUCAAGGGAGCGGUGGCUCGGAAGGCAAACAAAAAACUGUUUAUCAGACUCUUCAGCCAAAGCUGCUGUGGAAGAAAUACCCUCUCCCGGACAAUGCCGAGAACAUGCAUUAUUUCUCUGCCUUGGCUUUGACUCUGAAUGAGCCAGAGGAGGGGGUCGCGCCCACCGACAGCCGCAUGCGUCCGGACCAGCGGCUGAUGGAGGCCGGCUUGUGGGAUGAAGCCAACACGCAGAAGCAGCGUCUGGAGGAGUGUCAGAGGCUAGAGAGGAAGAGGAGAGAGGUCCAAAGCAUGCAGGCCAUCGAGGAAGGGCAAGAAAUGGAAGUGUACCAGCCGCUUUGGUUCGAGAAGAGAACAGAUGGAACAACAAGAGAAAGCAGCUACAUCUACAGGGGAGGCUACUGGGAGGCCAAAGAGAGGCAGGACUGGAGCAUGUGCCCCGAAAUCUUUUAGCGCAAAUGGAAGCUGUCACUUAGACAUCAUGGACUCCUGUCUACGGUCAGAUCAUAUCUGGCCCAAAACAGGUUUGUUGUUCUCAAAACUGGAAAGACACACUUAUUGAUGCUUGCUUCUUUUGACAAGGGACUUCAGGCCUUUAAUGGACCCUGCUUCGUUUCCAUUGUUACAUUCUGGUGCUGCCUGAAUGGGACUAAGCUGCUUGGCAAGUAAACGCUUUGGAAACGAUAUUAGCUAUUGCUAGGUUGUAAAUUAAUUUUACUUUUCCAUUUUAAAACUGAAUGAACGAGUAAAAUGACAUCAUUGUUCCUGGAGAACAGUUAUCAUCCAUCUUGAGAUGUAUACAAUCUAAUUUUUAAAUACAGUAGACGAUAAGGUGAAAGGGAAAUGUAGCUUUAAUGAAAUUAUGUAUAUAUGUAUAAUUGAUUGAGUGUAGAAAAUUUGGAGUUAGACAGCAACAAAUGGGGGCCUUGUUGGACCUAUUAGAAAUGAUAGUUAUAGCACUGGUUUCAUUCUUGUAAUUACUGUUUAGAGUUGUCUGCAAUAAGUUAUCUGCCCUGUUACUUGAGAAAAAACUCAGGCAGAUUAAGCACAUUGUGUUUUAUAAUGCACAAAAACAUAUAAUUUAUUCUGAAUGAUAAUUUAUCCAUAAAAAUCCUAUUGCAUUAAGAAACUAAAUGGGCUAGAAAAGCAACACAAAUACUGAAGGCUUCAUGCGCAGCUCCGCUCUAGUAAGGACGAUUAAAAAUAAUAGUAAUACGAAUAAUCUGUUUGUUGUACAAAUAUGAGUCACUGGUUGACUUUUGCCUGUCUAUAGGAAACAUAGUAGAAGUAGAGUCAUGUCAUUCAGAAUUACUGUAAAAGUUUCCAUAUUUACUUGAAUAUCCCUAACAUGGCUGUAAACAAAUUAUACUGUAAAUAUCAUGAUAUGUCAGGUUAGAUUAUAAUCUAAACCAUAUGAAUAUUUAUUCAUAUGACUUUUUAGUUCAGAUAAAGCACAACAGUGAAGUUUACCUGCAAGUUACCCAAAUAUCAAACUUUUGACACAGUACGUGGACUGUACCAAUGGAUGUUUUAUUAGGGGGGGUUUAGAUUUGAGCACCUGUUUAAAAAGUGUGAAUAUCUUUCACCUAACUCUGAGUGGACUCUUACUGGAACAUGUGAACUCACCAUUUGUGCCCGACGACCUUCAAAAUGUUACCCUUUUUUUUUUUCUUACUCAAAUAAAAACACAAAGCUA